AUGUGGUGUAUCCUGCUCUCUGCGCUCAUCAACUGGCACAACAAGACAGCAAGCAGAAGUUCUUCAUCCUGUUCGCCAACUAUCUACCACUCGCGGAUGAUGUUCGUCGUUCGCCUUCACAAUGCCGGACAACGAGACUGCUUCACGCCGUUCUUCGCUCACCAUGCGCCCAAUGCUGCUUGCCUACUCGCCCAGCUACGCAGACAACUUCCGCCAGGCUACGCCAAGUCCAAGCCUCCUCUGCGUUCGACAAUGCCGUGUCUGCUACUGCUGCUCACCAUGGUGCUCCAAGGUUGCCGUUUGCGACAACUGACACAGGGCAAUGGAUUCGUGAUGCGACACUCAAGCUGGCGCAGGGACAGCGACAUGCCGAGCAACUUUGACGCUUCUCGCGUCUACCUUUGCCGACACCGGAUCCGAGCGGCGCUCUACACCACAAUUCACUGUUCGACAACGUCAUCAUCUACAUGGUCACCUUCCACGACGUUCACCUGUCAAUCGACACUGCCGCCAAUGUUGCUUACUUCUACAGGCAGGAUUCUUGCCGCCUCCUCGACAAGUACGACUACGGCGACGACAUUCGCUGCGGUCACUACUACUUCUUCCACUUCAUCGACUUCCGGCGUAUCCACUCACAAAACUUGGGCCGCCGCGAGCAUUUGGAUCGACAAGUCUGCAUAUCAGGAUUUCUUCAAGCUGCCCGCGCCAAGUUCGACAACUGAGUCGACAUCGAUUGUUCCCGCACUGCUUUUCUUCCACCAAGCUGGAAUACAACAUGGACCGCUGACUACUUCAAGUGCCAAGUCAAUCACUUCAGCUGCUGCUUUCGACCUGAACACAGCGACAUCGACAACUUCAUGCUGCUGCCCUGACUACAGUCAGCAGUUCCGUUGCGACACCAACAGCCGGAUGCAAGGCUUCAACACGCAAGCGCUCAAGUACGACUCCACUCGACACGAAGCUCCAUCAAGCCUCUUCACUCAAACGUCGCCGUUUCAAACUUUCAAGCUCCAGGACAACGACUUGUGGAUGGAGUGCGGUAGCCGUGCCGUUCGCAUUCGUUGUUGUUGGCUUCUCGACUGCUGCGAGAUGAGUCGCUACUUGAUGAAGCCGACACUCCUGCACGACUUCAUAAGCCACCAACGACUACAGGCGCCUACACGCCAAUCUCCAGUUUAUGGACCACUACUUGGGCCGCCGCGAGCCGUUUGGUCCACCUCUUCAUCCGACUUCUUGCAGCAAGUUCAAAUCCACCGCGCCGUCAAGCUGCCAGCGACAACACCAUGCUGCCGCCCUGACGCGAAGCGCCAACUUCGACUUCGCUUUCAAGAAGGCCAUCGCACGACGCGCCGACCCUCGUCCCCACUGCGACAAGCCGAC